AGAGAUGCGGUAGAGAGACAGAGCCCGCAGAGGUAACUUCUGUUUUGUGUAUUGCUCUUCGGAGUGAAGAGGCCAGUUGCAUUAUUUUUUUUCUCGGCCACUACGCACCCGAGCCACGUAUCAGGCCUGCAACGAGAGGGGUAGAGAACUAGUUCAUUUAACUAGUAGAGACUCUACUUAGAGCGAGCUGUGCGUGAGAGAGUGUGUGUGGGCCCAUUUUUUGUUGUUUUGUUUUAUUUGUUCAGGCCUUGCCAAUACAAAUAUUUUAAAGUAAAAUCUACAGUGUUGGAUGUUUUCUAUCUUGUGCAUACUCAGAUGUUGUUUGUUGGUACUAUAAUGGUGAUAGGGUUCGCAUUGAGUGUAUAGUGUUAAUUUAAAGUGCGGUCAGAUACAUUUACCAGUCACCUAUCCUUAACCAAAUCUAGAAGUUACUGAGUAACCCAGGGCCCCCAGCUUUAUUUGAUCAUUUAAGUAACCACCUAUCUACUGGGUACCUAGCUGGGGCGCUACACAAAAUGGAGGCACCGCUGGGAUUUGGUUAGGUUUUAGGGGUGUCGUGAUAAAUCUAUGGCUUCAUUGUUCAGCAUCUGAGUUAAGCUAAGACAAAGCUAAGGAAAUUGACAACCAAAAUGGUAGAGCUUCAUCGCUACUCACAGUAUCAGGAUAUUCUGAUAAAUUGGUGUAGGGGGGAAGAUUUGAAAGCGCAGCAUGCUGUCCUCCUAAUAGGGGUCCCAGAAGACCUUGCAGUUGGACAAAUCGAAGAUGUGUUGCACUCAGUGCGUUGCUGGGGCAGAGUGCGCAUACGGGGCCGGUCAUUUCAUAAGGAGACGCAAAGUUUGCUGGUUCUGUGUGAAUGCAGAGAGGAAAUUGAUGCAGACCGAGUACCCCCAAAAGUGAUUCCACCCGAUGGAUCUGAGCCCUGGACAGUGGUCGUAGCUAAAAGAAAGGCUAAGGCUGCUGAUGAUUUUGCACACAAGCUAAAUCAGCUACUCCAAGAGGAAGGCAAAACCAUGGAAGACCUCCAGUGUUUGUAUACGCCUGCUAGUUCACAAUCACAUACAUCUGAGCCUCUCUUACGUACCAUGAGUGAACUACUGAGUCAGUCUAGAGGUGUUCAACUGGAAGGACACAGCUACCGCAGACUCAGAACAUUUUCUGGUACCCUUCCAACCCCUAUGGGCGAGGAGAUGUUAGACCCUUGGCUAGAACAAGCCUAUAUGAUGAUAGAGGAAAGUGAAUGUUCCGAAAGAGAGAAGCGGCGGAGGAUAGUGGAGAGCUUAAAGGGACCUGCGCUUGAGAUAGUAAAGGCUGUGAGGUGCAGUGAUCCUGAUGCUAGCCCAGAAGCUUAUCUUAACGCUCUGAAUAGUGCUUUUGGAACCCCGGAGUCUGGUGAAGACCUAUAUUUCGCUUUCAGACUUUUGCACCAACGUCCAGGUGAAAAGUUAUCCGACUUUUUAAGGAGACUGGAGCAAACUCUGUCCAAAGUAGUAAAGAAGGGAGGCAUUUUAGAUAAAGAUAGAGACAGAGUGCGUAUUGAACAGCUUUUGAGGGGAGCAGUGACUUCAGAUCUUAUGUUGGUACAGUUGAGACUGCGUGAGAGGAAAAGUAACCCACCCAGUUUUUUAGACUUACUUAGUGAGAUACGCAUUGAAGAGGAGUAUCAAGCCUCUCGGCAGAAAGUAAAUGCUACUGUAAGGCAGGUGCAGGCUGCAGGAAAAACAGAGGCCAAAGAUUCUGAGGUCCAACGUCUGAGGACGGAGCUGAAGGAGUUGAAGACCCAGUUUACAGAACUAGCAAAAAGUGCCACCUCCUGUUCGACUGAGGAGGCUGAGCCAAGCCCAACUGUACCCGGUGUAUCCGUGAGUUCUAGUCUUACCCCUGAAGUCACAGCAUUGAGAAAACAAGUCAAGAGAUUACAACACAAGGUGGAAGGGAUGGGGAAUAAGAGUGCUGAAAUCUCAGCAUCCUCACUGAAAGUUGCCUCAGCUGAACUUGUCACGUCAAACACUAAGCCUCAUACCGUUAAAGAUGCUGAUGAUUACUUCUGUUACAAAUGUGGAGAAAAUGGGCACAUCGCCACCAAGUGUCAAGCUCCUGAAAAUACACAGAAGGUGAUCAGAAAAUUGAUUCGUUCACUUCGAAAAGCUCAAGAAAUGAAGACAAAGGACAGUAGGUCUGCUGGCUUUUCAUGCUCUGUUAGGAAGAGUGCUGUGGCAGUGAGGCAGCCGGGUGACUUUCCUAAAGGCUUGAUUGGUCCUUCCUCUGUGGUAAAAGUGAAAGUAGACGGUAAACCCUGCAGUGCAUUAAUGGACAGUGGGUCCCAAGUGACCAUAAUUUUUGAGGAUUGGUAUCGUUCGUAUUUGUCAAAUGUGCCUAUUCAGCCUGUGUCUGGUUUAUCAGUAUGGGGCCUAAGUGAAUCCAGCUACCCAUACUUGGGGUACGUUGUAGUAGAUGUGCAGUUCCCCAAAGAGCUCAUGAAAAUCCAAGGAACUGUGACAGUUUUGGCCUUAGUCUGCCCAGGCCCAAAAAGUCCUGACCAAACACCCAUUAUAAUAGGCACGAAUGCUAAUUUUUUCAAGAGAUUAACAGAAUUAUGCAGGGACAAGGGUGGCACUGACAUCUCCCGUGGGGUAGGAGAACAGCCCCAUUGCACAGAAAUAAAAGCGCUUGAGGAGGCUGUUGGGCAGGUGAAGUGGAUGGGCCCUGGAUCUCUGCUUAUUCCACCUGCUUGUAGUCGCUGUGUAUCAGGCGAGGUGACAUUCAAUCGGCCUUUGCGUAAUGAUGUACUAGUUUUGGAACCACCCACUGAGCCGUUACCAUAUGGGGUUUUGAUACAGCCUGUAGCCAUACCUGCCUCUGCUGUGGAUGUUUCCAGGUUUUCAGUAGUCAUGCAGAAUGAGUCUAUGAAGGAAGUGGGUAUCCCUGUGGGAACUGUACUGGGACAGCUCUAUGUUACUGAUUCAGUGAUGGUUCCACCCAAUCCAGAUGUCCCAAGAAACAUGGACCCAAGGCUUAUUCAAUUUGGAGAUUCCUCUGUUCCUGAGGAAUGGAAGGAACGACUCAGAGAAAAGUUGUCCAAAAGAGCACAAGUUUUCUCUUUGGAUGCCUGGGACGUGGGCUUAGCCCAAGGAGUGAAGCAUCACAUUAGGCUGAAAGACUCAAGACCAUUUCGCGAGAGGUCCAGGCGGUUGGCACCAGCUGACAUUGAAGAUGUGAGGCAUCAUCUUCAGGAGUUACUAGCUGCUGGAAUAAUUAAGGAAUCACGCAGUCCGUACGCUUCGCCAAUUGUGAUUGCUCGAAAGAAAAAUGGCAGUGUGAGAAUGUGCAUUGAUUAUCGCACUCUGAAUAACAGAACAAUACCCGAUCAGUACACCACCCCAAAAAUUGACGAUGCCCUAGACUGCCUGGCGGGAAGCAAGUGGUUCUCUGUUCUUGACCUUCGCAGUGGCUAUUAUCAAAUUGCCAUGGCUGAGGGAGAUAAAGAAAAAACAGCCUUCAUAUGUCCGCUAGGGUUUUAUCAGUUUGAACGGAUGCCGCAAGGGAUCAUGGGAGCCCCAGCUACAUUUCAACGCCUAAUGGAAAAGGCUGUGGGUGACAUGAACCUGCUUGAGGUGCUUGUGUACCUGGAUGAUCUGAUAGUCUUUGGAAAGACUCUGGAGGAGCACGAGGAACGACUCUUGAAAGUUCUGGACAGGUUAGAAGAGGUGGGACUUAAAAUAUCGCUGGACAAGUGCCAGUUUUGCCAGUCUAAAGUGAAAUACAUUGGCCAUAUUGUUUCAGCCAGUGGUAUAGCUACCGAUCCAGCGAAAGUGGAGGCAGUCACAAACUGGCCACAACCCACCAAUCUGAAGUCUCUAAGGUCCUUCCUCGGUUUUUGUGGCUAUUAUAGGCGCUUUAUAGCAGAGUAUUCAUCGAUUGUCAAACCUCUAACAGACUUGACCAAAGGAUAUGCUCCACGCCAGAAAACAAGAAAGGCUCCUCAGGAAAGAACUCAGUCAUACUACAAGGAAUCUGACCCUUUCGGAGAGAGGUGGACUGAUGAGUGCACAAUAGCUUUCCAACAGAUUAUCCACUGUCUCACACAUGCUCCUCUCUUAGCUUUUGCUGACCCCCAAAAGCCUUAUGUCCUGCAUGUGGAUGCGAGUCUCAGAGGGCUCGGGGCAGUACUCUAUCAAGAGCAUCCUGAGGGUCUGAAACCCGUUGCAUUUGCCAGCCGUGGCCUAAGUACAUCCGAACGAAACUAUCACAUUCACCAGUUAGAAUUCUUGGCUCUUAAGUGGGCUGUGGUCGAUAAGUUUCACGACUACUUGUACGGGGCAAAGUUUGUUGUUAGGACUGACAACAAUCCCCUUACAUAUGUAUUGACCACGGCAAAGCUUAAUGCGACGGGACAUAGAUGGCUGGCUAGCCUAGCACAGUAUGACUUUGACGUUCAGUAUCGUCCGGGAAAGACGAACGUGGAUGCCGAUUUGUUAUCGCGGAACAAGGAGGGUGUCACAACUGAAGAAUGGAAGGUAAUACCCCGUUCAGAGGUGAGAGCACUUUCACAGGGAGUGUGUGUGGGAAAGACAUCUCGAACACCAGUGCGAUUUGCUGAUCAGUUAGGAGUCUGGGCAGAAGGACUCCCAGAUGCCUAUGUCUUCCCUACACACCUUGAAGUAGGUCAGAUGAAACAACUCACCAAGGAAGACUUAAAAAGAGCGCAGUCUGAGGAUCCAGUGAUUCAUAAGGUGAAAGAAUCCCUGAGGACAGGUCACUGGCCAACUGAGUGGAGUAAGAAAGAUCCUGCUAUGUCAUUGAGGAGACGAGAGAGUGGAAAAUUGGUAGUUAAGGACGGACUUCUCCACCGAGUCAUCGAGAGAGGGUCAGAGACACACUCAGCUCAGUUAGUGCUGCCUGAAGUGUACAGACUUACUGUAAUGAAAUCGUUGCAUGAUGAUUUAGGACACUUGGGGACGGAAAGAGCGGUGGAACUGCUAAGGAAGCGGUUCUAUUGGCCAAAAAUGGCUUAUGAUAUCGAGCAGUACAUUAAAAGCUGUGGGGAGUGCAUUGCCCGGAAAAGUCCAAGUCCACGAGUUGCCCCUUUAAAUCAGAUUGUCAGUAGCGGGCCUAUGGAGCUGGUGUGUCUAGACUUUCUGUCGCUAGAGCCAGAUAGCUCAGGGACUGCCAAUAUUUUGGUGGUCACUGAUCAUUUUAGUAGAUACGCCCAGGCGUAUCCCACCCGAGAUCAGAAGGCACUUACGGUUGCCAAGGUUUUAAUUGAGAAAUAUUUUGUCAACUAUGGCUUACCCGCACGUCUUCACUCCGAUCAAGGACGUGACUUUGAAAGUCGGGUCAUACGGGAACUGUUGCAGAUGAUGGGAAUAAGGAAGUCUAGGACGACUCCUUAUCAUCCUCAAGGAGACCCACAGCCAGAACGGUUUAACCGAACUUUGUUAUCUAUGCUUGGAACGCUCCCGGCAGCAAAGAAACAAAAUUGGAGCCGAUAUGUAUGCCAACUUGUGCAUGCAUAUAAUUGCACCAAAAGUGACGUCACGGGCUACAGCCCCUAUUUUCUGAUGUUUGGAAGGGAAGCUCGGUUACCGGUUGAUGUGUGUUUUGGAACUUCCCCUGACGGUGAGAGUGAGGCAACAUACACGCAGUAUGUUAACAGGCUGAGACGUGAUCUGCAAAAGGCUUAUCAGUUAGCUUUGCAGGCGGCUGACCACAGACACAAGCGAAACAAAGCGGCUUAUGACAAGCUUGUACGUCAUCAAGUCUUGAAAGAAGGUGACAGGGUACUAGUUAAAAAUCUUGGAUUGCCCGGCAAACACAAGCUGCAAAGUCGGUGGAAUCCACUGCCCUAUGUAGUAAUGGGGAGAAUCUCUGAUUUACCUGUAUACAGAGUGAAGCCAGAGAGUGGUCUGGGUAGUGUAAGGACUCUUCAUAGAGACCACCUCUUGGCAAUUGGAGAAUGGGUGCGUAUGCCAUCUUCUACUAGUACAGUGCCUGUGUCUCAAAGACCCCAGACUCGCCGUAAGCGAGCAAGACCAGGCAUGCAGAUGCAUAGGGAAGACGCUGUCGAGGAGGGCCAGCGCUAUGCAGAAUCCCAAACAAAUGAUUCAGAUGAGGAUAUGGACAUACAGUAUACGUUGUUGAGAGAUGAGACAAGUGAGAGAACUCUUCAAGUCGACGAACCUAGAGAAAGAGAGUCCAGUUGGAUUGAGAGUCCUGAGAGUGGAGAGAUCCAUCAAGAGGAAACAGAGGAGAAUGACUCUGUUGAAAGUGAAAUUGUAGUAGAGAUGCAAGAUGAUGGGGAAGACCCUGUUGAAUUGCUGCAAGAGUAUGGUGCUCAAGAAGAUGUGGGACAAGAUAAGACACUGGUUGCUAAAGAGACCCUGAAUAGUACCAGUGAUCCCAGUGUCAAGGACCAUGCAAAAAGGAAAGUGAAACCAGUGAUACGGCUCACUUACGAACAGCCUGGGAAAUCCAGUGAUCAGCUCAUGACUAUUGUACAUCGUGGAAUAGUGAUUAGGUUGGGAUAA